UCAUAACCACGUUGAGUGUAAAUUUUCUAAUUUUAAUAUCAAAAAUUUUAUUUUAUAUUUUCAAAAUUUUUUUUCGGGAGUGUUCGAAAUUCAUAAAAUCGCGAUCAUUUUAUUCUUUAUAUAUAAGAAAAAGUUAUAUUGCAAAAGUGUACGAAAUAUUUUAAAUCGUGUGUGUUUCCGAAAGACAUCAGCACGGCGAAAAUAUAUACGACAUACAUCUGUUGCUGAAUAUAAGUUAUUAGAUCGAUGAGAGCCUAUCUUCAAGGUGCUUUAGAAUCGAAGGAUGAACGUUAAGAGCUGUCAUUAUAAAGAGUAUAUAGCUUUGAAAAUCGGUCUUUGAGACGACCAAACACAGAGGGAGGGGGAAUUAAUGAUCUCCUUAAUGAUUUAAAACAUGUCAUCGAAUGAGCAUUCGUCCAAUUUGAGAAAUUCAACAAACAUGCUUGACGAGACAAAAAAUGUAGUAGCAGAAAAUUCCAAAUUAAAUAGUGAUAGCGACUGUAGACUUCCUAGUGACACUGAUGCUGCAAAUUCUGAAACAGUGACAACGACAACAAAGAAUGCAUUAAUAAGUUCACAAUUAGGACCAUGUGAAACUUACCCACACAAACUAAAGGUUUCCAUCAUUGGUGCCGGAAACGUGGGAAUGGCUUGUGCCAUUGCUAUUUUGAUGAGGAGAAUAGCGAGUGAGAUUGUUUUGGUGGACAAGCAUGAGAAGGUUAAGGCUGAGGCUGAGGACAUAAGACAUGCUAGUAUCUUCCUAGGAAAUCCUUUAGUUAUCGGGGCCAAAGAUAUCUCAAUGAUUAAAGAAUCAGGAGUGGUGAUUAUCGCGGUAGGCGAUCCGGCGCCAGGAGACGAGCCAAAUAUAGAAAAAAAUUUGAAAAUAUUCGAAAAAAUUAUACCAGGAGUUGCAAAAUGGUGUCCAAAAUGUGUGAUUGUAGUGGUAACACAACCAAUUGAUAUUAUGUCCUAUGUUGCAUGGAAACUGGCAAAAUUUCCAUCCAAUCAAGUUCUUGGAACUGGAACUCUAAUAGACAGUGUCAGAUUUCAAUAUUAUUUGGCCCAAAAAUUUGGCCUAGCAAAUAAUUCAAUUAGCUGUAUGAAUAUUGGGGCCCAAGGAGUGCAAUCUGUUCCUGUGUGGUCGAGCGUUAAUGUAGCCGGUAUGAAGCUGCGGGACAUUAAUCCCAAGAUGGGUGAAAAGAAUGACCCUGAAAAAUGGUACGAGAUCGGCACCACAGUGAAUGAGUGUGGCAAUACACUUAAUCAACAAAAGGGUUCUAAAGGACCAAAUUCAUGGGCUUUGGGUUUCUGCACUGCUGAAAUUGUCGAUGCCAUUCUCCGAAAUACAAGAGUCGUACUUCCGGUUUCUACUCAUAUUAAGAGUUGCGCUCAUGGAACUGACAAGGAUAUUUUUAUGUCAAUACCUUGCGUGAUUGGAAAAGAGGGAAUUCUUCAAACUGUAAAGCAAAAAUUAUCGGACGAGGAAAAAAAUGCGUUACAAAAUUGUGCCGAUGGAAUUCGCUCCACUAUCAGAGAAUGUGGAAUUCUAAAAGAAGUCCAAGAAGACAUUGAUAAGGAACAAACAGAGGGAUAUGGUUAUGCUGGUAUUGCUUCUGCAAUUGCUAUAUUAUUCAAGUUAGAGAAUAAUAUGAUAAAGUUCAAGUGCCGUUGUUCGCGAGGAAGUUUGUCGGAGCACAUCAACGAGAUAAUUGCAAAAUACGAGUGCCCUGAAAGUUGUUCCCGACCAAUCAUACCCUCAUUACCAGCACCUCCAAGCAAAACCACUAUCACGUGUCCUUUUUCUCUACGCUUGCCACCGUCCCACAAACCCCUGAAUGGAAUUUGUAGCCUCAAGUCAUCGUCAAUGAAAAUUGUACUAUGCCCAGCAUCAUCAUCGUCAUCGUCGUUGUCUCGUCUAAAAGGAGUAUUUUCACUCAAGUCAACUUGUUCAUUUAAUCGCUUCAAGCCUUCCUCAUCAUCAACAAGACUCGCCUCCGAACUAAUAAUUAUUGACGUGAAUGAAAAUUUAGCAAAAGCGGAAGCUGAAGAUUUGGCACAUGCUGGAGCAUUUAUCGGCAAUCCAAAAAUUAUUGGCACUAAAGAUUAUAGUUUAGCAAGAGAUGCAACUGUUUGUGUGAUUACUGCAGGAAAAAGAAAAGAAAAAGGUCAAAAUCCAAAUGAUUUGAUUGAAGAGAAUUUUGAAAUUUUCAAAUCUUUGAUACCAAAUGUUUGUAAAUAUGCACCAAAUAGUGUUCUUGUUAUUGUUACUACUCCCGUCGAUAUUUUGUCGUAUGCUGCAAUGAAAUUUUCCGGAUUUCCACCAAAUCGUGUUAUUGGUCUCGGGACAUUUUUGGAAAGUUGUCGAUUUCAAUUUUUCAUUGCACAAGAAUUGGGCAUAUCAAUAAAUUCCGUUCAAGCAUUAAUUAUAGGGGAAAACAGUCCAACUUGUGUGCCCGUUUGGUCAGCGGUUACUGUAAUGGGAGUCAAAUUGAAAGACAUCAAUAAAGAAAUUGGAACGAACCAAGAUCCCGAGGCAUGGAAUAAGAUUCACGAAAAAGUGAUUGGCACAACUGACCAAUUGUUGGAAAAAAAAGGUUAUUCCAAUUGGAGUGUUGGAAUUUGCGUUGGGGAAAUUGUCGACGCCAUUGUACGAAACACUUGCAUUUGCAUUACCGUGUCGGUAUUUCUAAAGGGUUGUCGACAUGGAUUUGAAAAAGAUAUCUUCAUGUCUUUACCCUGUGUGGUUGGACGAAAUGGAAUUCAAUCGUACAUUCGUCAACUUUAUACACCUGAAGAACAAGAACUGAUGACAAAAUCCGGUCGUUCAAUUUACGAGGCUCAAAAACGCAUAAUGGACAAACUUGAAUAAAAAUAUUUUUCAUUUACACUUCAAUAAUUUUUUAUAAAUAAAUUAAUAAAUAAAGUACAAUGA